UUGUAUCAGGUUUGCGACACUGAUUGGUGCGACUUAUGACAAAAUAUGAUGGUUGCUUAGUUAUUGGUUAUGUUAGAGAAUUUUCAGAGUAUUGAAUACGAUAUUAAGUCCACUAACGAAGUUCAUUCGUGUCUAUUUGGUACUAUUGGACAGCUUCCCUACUUCUGUACCAUUCACAAUAAGGAACGUCGUUAAAAAUGAACAGCACAAGAAUGAAGCAUGUUCGAGGUUAGGGUGACAGUUUUUGUCUUCACAUAAUCUUAAAGGGCGAGAAAAGCAUCUGAAAUGGGAUCGGUAGAAAGAAGCAGGAAAGUGGAGAAUCCGAAGGCCCGAAAAAGUACUCAGAAAUUACCAAAACGGAUCAGUGAAAUGAGCAAGGAAGCACUAGAAAAAACAUUACAGAAGAAAAGAGAAUGCAAUGCCAAAGCAUUACAGAUUGUGGAAAGCUUUCUGGAAAAUACUGUCAGUGAAGCCUGGUUUCUUGAUUGUCUCAAAUUCAUCAAUCCAAGUCAUUAUCAAGAUGUUAUAGAAGAAAGAGCAAUAUCUUUAAACUGUGGGUAUCCACUAUGUCAAAAGAAGCUGAAAAAUAUUCCCAGUCAGCAAUAUCAUAUAUCUACCCAAAUGAAUAAAGUAUAUGACAUUACAGAAAGAAAGAACUUCUGCAGUAACCAGUGCUACAAAGCAUCAUCAUACGUGAAAGCUCAGUUACUUACAAGUCCUCUCUGGAUAAGAGACAAAGAAGAGAUACCUAAAUUUAAUAUUCUUCAUUUUGAAUCAGCAAGUGGUGGCAUUGGGGAAGAGAUAGAUGUUGGUCAAAACAGUGCAUUAAAAGAAGAAUUAAAACAACUGAAUGAAGAAGAGACAUCCAACAGAUUCACUUCAGUGUUACAGUUUACAAGAGAGUCUCUUUCACAGUUGGUAUCAGAUAUUGAAAAGAAAGACAAAAAAAGAAACUCAGGAACAGAAAAUUGUACAUCUAAGAAACAGGGGGAUAAGAACAAAGCAGAAGUAAAGGAUAAAUUUAAUUCAGUUAAGAGUGGCUGUAAAGAAACAAACAGUGCAGAACAAUUGGAAUUCCAAGAUGGAACAGUAGAAAAUGUUCAUACAGACAAAGCAGAACAAACCAAGAAAACUUACAACACAACUGAGAGACAAAAUGUUCAGAAUUCUCAGGAAGGUAGUAACAGAACAGAACAGCCUGAUAAAAGCACUGAAAAGAGGGGUGAAAUCUCAAAUAAUUUCAGAUAUGUUGCAUGUGAGAGUAGCAUAAUUCAUACAGUCAAAGAAAACGAAGCCUAUGAUAUUUUAAGCAAUUCUCCAAAAUCAGUAUGUAGUAAAAUACAAAAAUCAAUACCCAAGAAAAGAGAGUCAAACAAAAAAUCUUUGAAUAUUCCUUGUAUGACAAAUGCAGUAAUUUAUAUUGAAAAAUGUCUGUAUGAUUGGUUCACAAUUGAAUCAAUGUGUUUUCUUUUUGGAAAAGAAAAGCUUAAAGAAAUGGUACAAGAAAAGGGGGACUGCAUAAAGGAGUAUUAUAAGGGGACACACAAUGCUUCAUGGGAUUCCAAAACCCAAGAGCAAUACUUGGCCAUCUGCCGCCACUUGAAUAUCUUAGAGAUUGAAGAUCAAGAGUAUGAUCAUCAAAUAGUAACAAAGCCUCUUCCAGAUUAUAGCGCAGUGAGAGAAGAAGCAAAGAAAAUGGAUCUUAAAGUAAGGUCAUAUUAUCAGGGCAAGACAGUGUAUGAAGAUGUAGACAGCAUAAGCAUUUCUGAAACAGACAGUGAUUCUACACCUGUACUACCAUUGGUUGAUCUCCAUGCCCAGAAUGCUCUCCGCAGAAGAAUUGUGUUGGAUCGUCUGAAUCGAAUUUUACCUGAUUUACUACGGACAUUUGGUUUAUCAUCACGUGAUAUCAGUGGAGACGUUCGAAGUCUUGUUACCACCUUCACAUUUGGAGCCAACAACAUCACUUUCAAACCACCUGAAUGGAGUCUGAUUGGCCUUAUCAUUAUUAAAAUGUUGUCCAUAAAGGAUAUGAGAUUACAAAUUCUUCUGGACAAUGAGCAAGUGAUAAAGUACACAACCAUGAUGCUAAUGAGUUUUCAGCAAGAUGGAGGCUACUUGGAUAGACUGCUGGCUUGGUUGACAGAUAUAGACAAUUUAUUGCGCAAGCAAUAAAGAACAUGUUUGUUUUUACCAGAACACAGUGACAGACCAAUCAUCCAAAUUGAUCUGUGACAAGAGUAGUUCAGAUAAUCAAGUAUUUGGAUAAUUGGAUUAAAUUCUUAUUUAUGAAAAAAACACUUUUAUAAGAAUAUUAUAAUGUAUUGUACUAUUAUAAAAAUGAAAAGUAAAAAAAAAACUUCUAAAACACGUGAUACAUGAAAAAUUAAUGCAUUUAAUUAUGCAUUAACAUUUUAAAAUACUUUUUUAUUAGUCAAACACUUAUGUUUAUUUAACAGAUGCAUUCGUUGGUUGUGGUGAUUUGGUUAAUCAGUAAUUCCGAUAAUCGGCAUUCUACUGUACAUAAGACAGACUUGAUUGUCAGUUGUGGAAUUUAAAAAAUAAAUGAACAUAUUAAAAAACGUAAGUAAAACGUUGCCAUGUAGAGUCUUCACGCCAGAUGACAAUCUGUCUGUACAUGAUCAUAUCAUCAUCAUGCAUUAGGCUAUGAUUGGUCUGUUCUGUGCUCGUGAAAAGUAUGUUGGUCCCUCCACCUUUACUGAUGAUGUUUUAUAUUUCGUUGUCCUACUGAAUUGCAUGUUAAAAUUUUCCUUGGAAUUCAUCUAUAUUCCAUUUAUAGACUGUGAUGUUUCUACUGUGAUCUGGGGCAAUUCUUUGUGGUUAUGUCCAACAAAUUGAACAUAUACAGAAUCUGUAUUUAAGUAACAAUUUCUUCAUAAAAAAAACAACAGCAAUUACAGAUAUGUAGGCCUAGAACUCUAUGCAACAGGAAAUUAUGCUUCAUGAGUUCUGCUCAUAUGAUCCUGUUGUCAGUUGUGACUAAACCCUGUUCUGUAUACAACUUCACAGCAAUCAGCAUGUUGUGAAAUGGGUGAUAUGAAAUGAUACAUGUUCUGUGAAGAGAAGUGUGUGAAGUUGGAGAGAGAGCCACAUAAACCAAUGAAAUGCCUAAAUAUGUAAUCAGUGAAGAAAUUCUCAGCCAGAGUGGAACAUUUGAGUGUUCCGUUUAAAAAGGGCAGAAUUUCCAGCAAAACUGAUCCAUGUUCCAACCACCUCCACCAUCCUACACUGACCAAACAUGUGUUUGUGAGAGAAUGUAUAGUGUCAGUCAAUAAAACGUUGUAUUUAGAUAUGCUGAAACAGCUGCAACAAGAGUUUGAUGGAAAUGUCCCAAAAAAAUGGAAGUCAAGUUUGAGGAUGUUGCAUCAUGACUACAUACUGGUUCACUAAGCACUUUUCAUAAGGAAAAAUUAUUGAACAAGCACAGUAUUUCAUUGGUUCCCCAUUAACCUCAUUCAUGGAUUUAGGAUCUAAUGACUUUUCUUUUUGUUUCUAAAACUGAAAGUGACCCAGAAUCAAUAUGGUGCAAACCCAGUGACUAUCCAAAUUGUAGCACAGGAAAUAAACAUCACCCUGAAAGAAUAGUAUCAGAACUGCAUCAAAUCAGAGAACUGCUGAAAUUAUGGUGUUCAGUAAAGAAGAGAAUAUUUUAAGAGGAUAAAAACACAAAUACUCAGUCCCAGAAUUAACAGUCUUCCCUCACAUAUGCUCGUUAGUGCAGAAUGCUCAAUUUCUAAUUGAAGUCUUGCUAAGUUAACUGACAUAUUAUUAAAUAAUGCAAAAUAUAUUUACGGUGUAAAUUUCUAACAUACAGUAACUUAUAUACAAAUUCGGGUCUUAUAUUACUAAAAUCUGUGCUUCAGAUUCCAUGAGGUUUAUUGUAAUAUUCCAGUCUUCUGAGUCAACUGAACCCUCUCAUUAGGGACCACAACUUCCGAGUCACUUCAAUUCCAAAUUGACUGGGGACAGUCUAUCACUAUAAUCCAUUAUGCUGCAAUAAGACAUGCUUUUGGUCAAUACAUUUUAAAAACACCUGUUUUUCACUUGUGAAAAUUUGGAGAAUAGGUAUAUCAUAAUGACCACUCAUCGGGGCUGGUGGAAUCUUGAUGUUGCUCUCCAAGUGAUGACAAAUUCCCCCCCCCCC